GUGCCUCCAACUCAGCGGAAGUCGUCAUAUGACGUCAGAGGCGUCCUGCAUCCCUGUGAGCGGGACUUUGAUUCCUGAUAUCAAAGUUUAGUGAUUAUCUCUAAAUAGCUGCUAUAUUAGUUUACACCAUCAUGGCCCAACAGAUCCAAGCGGAUUUACCACCUGGCCUUGCCUGUUUGAAAAAUGUUGAUGCCCUGCUUCGGUGUCCAAUUUGCUUCGACUUCCUCAAUAUUUCGAUGAUGACUAAAUGCUCUCACAACUUUUGCUCCUUGUGCAUCCGAAAAUUCCUUUGCUAUAAGCUGCAGUGUCCUGUUUGCAAUACACAAGCAGCAGAACCAGAUCUAAGAACCAACCGUUUAUUGGAUGAUUUGGUCGUAAACUUUCAAGCUGCAAGGCAGCAGUUGUCAAAAGUAAGUUUUGAAUCUCCUCCAAUAUCGCCAAAGACCCCAGCUUCAGCUGUCAAAUGCAAAACUCCCAGAGAGAGAGGCCAGAAGGGCAACAGCUCUGUUUUGAGUCACUUUUUCCAAAAGAGGCCUAAAACAUCUCCCACUGAAGAAUCCCAGCGAGAUGGUUCUGUUGCUCAGUGUGCUCAGCGGGGGAAAAUACAGACUGCACGCACACACGAUACAAAAGACGCUGACCUACAAUCGACAACUGCUCAAUUUCCAGUGGUUGUGAAGGAAGAGCCGAUGGAUGUGGAGGAGGCAUCUAUCCAGCGUUUGAUGUCAGUCAAACAGGAGGCCGGAGUCUCGCGCAGUAUCGGCACCGGCGUUGAAACGGCGCAUUCCUCGUCACCAUCAGAGGACGUAAAGCCUGUAAUCAAAGUGGACUGCCCUGUGUGUUCUGUAAGUGUGCCACAGCAGUUUAUCAACAAACAUCUGGACACGUGUCUUACCAGAGGAGAGAAGAAGGAAAGCUUAAGGAGCUCCAUUGGCAAUGCGAGGCGUCCAAUGACGAAGCUUGUGUACAACCUGCUUUCCAUUCAGGAGCUGAAGAGGAGGCUGAAGGAGUGCCAUCUCUCAAUGCAGGGUUCUCGAGACCAGCUCAUCAAAAGACACCAGGAGUUUGUCCACGUAUUCAACGCCCAGUGUGAUUCUCUAAACCCAAAAUCAGCUGAAGAUAUUGCCAAAGAUUUGGAGGCCAAUGAGAAGAUCAGGAAUCAACUGCAGGGGAAAGCCAAACCUGUCAUGGUUUUCACAAAGAAUCAAUCUGAGAAGGAGAUUAAUGAGGUGCAUUCAAAUUACAGGAAGCAGCACAGCAGUGACUUUUCCCGCCUGAUUGCCCAGGUUCGGUGUCGCCUAGAGACGACCAGGCAGCCUCGUGUCAAACAGGAAGUCAUUGGGGAAGGAGAGGAUGCACAGAAAUCACACUCUGCAGAUCAAGUUGCAGAAUCAAAAAGUUGCUCAGUGAUGAAGGUAGAAGAUGGAGAAUCUGACGCGGAGCCAUCUGCAAGAACAAUUGAAUUGUCAUCCAGCCCCGCUUACAGUGACGUUUCCAUCAGCAGCUCUAUUUCAGACAUUUUUGGUCCUGAGCCUGCCAGAAACCCUGAAGACACGGAGAGGACAUCAGUCCAAAAGCGAACGUCCAGCACGAGAGGAGACGACGCAGCUUCAUCGCUCGUCAGCGGAAAACGACGGCGGAAAACGUAAGGAGAGAUGGAGGAAAACAUCUCACCUACCAAAUCAAUACCAAUAAACUGUUGACUGACCUCCAGGCACAACAAGAAGUGAUCCUUAUGUACAUUCCUGAUUUCCUGAAGUUGCACUGUUUACAGCGUGUGUCAUGGUAUGAAUACAUGUUUAGUAUUUUAAUAUACUUUGUGGUCUUGUGAUCCAUGAGGAUCUGUGGCCCACACAAUUUCAUCAUGUUACUCCAGGGGUAAUCGGACUAUAAAAACAAUACUUGAAUCUAUUAGUUUGGUAAAGAUUUAGUUUCUAUGUUUAAAUAUUAAAUGUUUGUUUGUUUUUGUUUAAAAGUAGACAUAAGCAUGUAGAAUGUAAUUUCUCGUAGCUAGUGUCAAUAGCAUAAUUAUUAUUGUAAUUUUAAUCCACACAUAUUGUUUUUUUUAUGUAUUUUCUUUUUUUUUCUUAAUUAUUUUCUUAAUCAAAAUAUUUUCCUGAUUACAUGUUUUAAGGUUCAUUUUAAUAUGCAGAUUAAAUUGAAAUAAACCUUAAGCGGCA